ACCACCAGCAUCAGGACAGCAAACCAAGGGACAAAGAAUUUGAUCCACAGUGUUGAUAUAUGUUAACUGGUUCACGUGUUGCUUAAAAGACGUUUGCUGGGGGGCGAGAAGUGGACGUCAGCUGUGCGAAGUCAUUUUGUUUACAAAAAUGAGGGCUUCUUUGGAAACAGCAGACAUUGCCAUUGUGGCACUGUACUUCGUGCUUGUAAUGUGCAUAGGUUUUUUUGCCAUGUGGAAAUACAAUCGGAGCACCGUAAGUGGCUACUUUUUGGCAGGGCGUUCUAUGACCUGGGUAGCUAUUGGUGCAUCUUUAUUUGUGAGCAAUAUUGGAAGUGAACAUUUCAUUGGGCUCGCAGGAUCUGGAGCGGCAAGUGGAUUUGCAGUAGGUGCAUGGGAAUUCAACGCCUUAAUGCUUUUGCAGCUUUUAGGAUGGGUCUUCGUCCCAGUCUACAUCCGGUCGGGAGUAUACACCAUGCCUGAAUACUUGUCCAAGCGUUUUGGAGGGCAUAGAAUUCAAAUAUAUUUUGCAGCAUUGUCUCUAAUUCUUUAUAUCUUCACCAAACUCUCGGUUGACUUGUAUUCAGGGGCGCUUUUUAUUCAAGAAUCACUAGGUUGGAACCUCUAUUUGUCAGUUAUCCUCCUUAUUGGAAUGACUGCACUGUUGACUGUGACUGGAGGUCUUGUGGCUGUCAUCUACACAGACACCCUUCAAGCUCUGCUUAUGAUUAUUGGUGCCCUCACACUUAUGAUCAUAAGUAUUACGGAGGUUGGUGGGUUUGAAGAAGUUAAAAGAAGGUACAUGUUAGCGUCACCAAAUAUUACAUCUAUCUUGUUAACGUACAACAUUUCCAAUACCAAUUCCUGCAAUGUCGACCCAAAGCCUGAUGCUCUUAAAAUGUUGCGCGAGCCAACAGAUGAAGAUAUUCCCUGGCCUGGAUUUCUGUUGGGACAGACCCCAGCUUCUGUCUGGUACUGGUGUGCUGAUCAAGUCAUAGUUCAGAGAGUUUUAGCUGCAAAAAACAUUGCUCAUGCCAAAGGAUCCACUUUGAUGGCAGGCUUCUUAAAGUUGCUGCCAAUGUUUAUUAUAGUUGUCCCAGGGAUGAUUUCACGAAUACUCUUUGCAGAUGAUAUCGCCUGCAUUAAUCCGGAACACUGUUUUCAAGUCUGCGGGAGCAGAGCUGGAUGCUCUAACAUUGCCUACCCACGUUUGGUGAUGAAACUUGUGCCGGUUGGUCUGCGGGGACUGAUGAUGGCUGUGAUGAUCGCUGCACUGAUGAGUGACUUGGACUCGAUAUUCAACAGUGCCAGUACCAUAUUCACGCUUGAUGUCUACAAACUCAUUCGGAAGAGCGCGACGUCUAGAGAACUGAUGAUUGUAGGAAGAGUCUUUGUUGCGUUCAUGGUAGUUAUAAGCAUUGCCUGGGUCCCGAUAAUAGUAGAAAUGCAAGGUGGUCAGAUGUACCUUUAUAUUCAAGAGGUAGCGGACUAUUUGACCCCACCGGUGGCUGCUCUGUUUCUUAUGGGUAUCUUUUGGAAGCGUUGCAAUGAGCAGGGGGCUUUCUAUGGUGGAAUGGCUGGGUUUGUUCUUGGAGCGGUACGGUUGAUACUGGCGUUUAUCUAUCGUGCUCCGGAGUGCAACCAGCCGGAUACUAGGCCAAGCUUUAUCAAAAACAUCCAUUACAUGUAUGUUGCGACAGCUCUGUUCUGGAUCACUGGGAUUGUGACCUUUGUAGUAAGCCUCCUCACGCCUCCGCCUACGAAGGAGCAGGUUCGGACAACCACUUUCUGGGCCGUGAAAAACAGGAAUGUAAAAGAGAAUGCCGCAAAGGGGGAGCUGUACAAAGUGCAAGAGAAGAGGAUCUUCAAGUGCAAUGAAAACGCUAACCAUAUCAUUCCAAAUGGCAAAUCGGAAGAAAAUAUUAAAAAUAUUAAGCCGGAGGAUAUCAAUCUUCUGGUUACUUGCAGAGAUGACAGCAACCCAGUGAUUUCUGUGAGUCACUCUGAAGUCGAGACACCAGUUGAUUGUUAUUCGAACGGACAAGCAGCUUUGAUGGGGGAGAAAAAGCAUGAGGAAGAGACUGAUGAUAGAGAGAGACAUUUGAAAUUCAUAGAUUGGUUCUGUGGCUUUAAAAGUAAAAACAUGAACAAGAGAGCUCUUCGGGAGAUUGAGGAAGAGACUGUUUGUUUACAAAUGCUGGAAGAGACUCCAAAAGUUAAACUAUUACUAAAUACUGGACUGGUCUGUGUCUGUUCGCUUGGAAUAUUCAUGUUUGUCUAUUUCUCUUUGUGAGUGAAUAGUGAACUUUUAAGGGUAUGGCUAAACAUACAGAAGUUGAUACAGGUCUCUGGAGAUUACGUUUGUGUUUUUUUUGUUUGCUUGUUUUGUUUUUCUUUUCAAAUAACUGCAACCCAGGCAUUGUUUACGCUAUAAUUGUAAGAUCAACUCAACUUUAGCCCAUUUAGAGACCAUUUGAGACAUGUUGUCCUAUCUCUGCUUAAGGCAGAAUGUGUUGUGUGGUGUCUUUUUCUUUUUUCCCUUUGGCUUCCCCCUCCCCCCCCCAUUUGCAGUACUAAACUUUUGUUUUUUCCAUGUAUACAUGUAUAAAUAUACCAAAGGCAGGCAGGUGGCUGUGUCUGAAGUCAGGCAGUUACAGAGCUCAGGCAGCAUUAGGGUGCAGAUAACAAGUAAUCAUUUGCCGAUGUGUAAAAUCUAAAUGAUUAAAGCUGUGUUGAAAGAUUAUUUUUUUUUAAA